CUGAAAGAAGGCGAGGAGGCAGGUGACAAGUCGAAGAAGUCUGCUGCAAAUUCAUUCAGGUUGGAUUUGAUGGAAAUUCACUUUGGCUGGCAGUUUUAAGAGUACACGGCUAAAGCGCUAAGGAACUACUGAGGAUUGGCGUCUUGUUCAGAAUGGAGGAUGAAAUAACGGCUUCACUUUUGGAACGAAGGUACCCGUAUGGAUGUUUCAGCAGGUAGAAACAUACCCUACCAAUUUAAAUACUGCAGACAUCCUGGAAUUGCCUUUCUCUUCAGCAAACACUUACUGGUAAAUAGUCAUAUUUUGCCUGUGUUUGGUCGAAUUUGUGGGAGACGUUUGGAGAAACAUAACAGUAAUAGCAUUAACGAUAAGCUGUAUACCUCUGGAAAAAAACAACUAUCAAAACAGUGCCUGUGAGAAGAUUAUUGCUACUGCGUCUGCCAAGGGCACUUUUUUUUUUGCUUGUGAACAUUUUAUUUGUCAUCAAGUGUUUCCGCACACACAAUCACGCCCACGUUUGUUAGAAGUACUAAUUGUUUAGAUUGCUUUUGGACAUUGUAAAUAGUCUUCACUCCAAUACUAUCCGCAGUUCUGCGCGAGGAGCGCUUACUACUCUCCCGAUGUCCGUUUGCCGACACAAAACUUGAAGCCUAAAGAUUGAUUACCGCUGCUGACUGCGGAUCAGACACUUGCCUAUAAAUCACACUUACCUUCCAUAACACUUUGGAUUGCAAGUCUGGGACAAACCGAGGACGUUUCUAAUCAACACAAGGGUGUUGCAAGGGAAUUUAACAUUUUAUAAUACCCAAUAGAACGUGGAUUACCGCCUGAAUACAUCACAGACCUUUUUCAGAAUGUUCCUGCCAUACGGAUUUACCUGCUCUGCCUUCGCCAGUAUUAUGGAUUCUAGACAUUUUGUUUUUACCGUCACCUUUUUGGCGUUCUUCAUGCAAACUGCUGUGGAGGCUAGUUCUUGGUGGUCCCUGGCCAUGAAUCCUCUCCUGAUUCCGGAGGCUUACAUCAUCGGAGCGCAGCCGCUGUGCAGUCAGCUGGCUGGCCUUUCCCAAGGCCAGAAGAAGCUGUGUCAGUUGUAUCAGGACCACAUGCAGUACAUCGGGGAAGGGGCCAAGACUGGGAUCAAGGAAUGCCAGUAUCAGUUCAGGCACCGGCGGUGGAACUGCAGCACGGUCGACAACUCCUCCGUCUUCGGCAGAGUCAUGCAGAUAGGCAGCCGCGAGACUGCUUUCACGUACGCCAUCAGCGCAGCGGGAGUGGUGAACGCAGUGAGCCGGGCCUGCAGAGAGGGGGAGCUCUCGUCCUGUGGGUGCAGCAGGGCAGCCAGGCCCAAAGACCUGCCCAGGGACUGGCUGUGGGGCGGCUGCGGGGACAACCUCAACUACGGCUAUCGCUUCUCCAAGGAGUUCGUGGACGCGCGGGAGCGCGAGAAGACCUAUCAGAAGGGCACGUACGAUAGCGCGCGGCUACUGAUGAAUCUGCACAACAAUGAAGCCGGGCGCAGGACGGUUUCGGACCUGGCUCACGUCUCCUGCAAGUGUCACGGCGUCUCCGGGUCCUGCAGCCUGAAGACCUGCUGGCUCCAGCUGGCGGACUUCCGCAAGGUGGGCGACGCGCUGAAGGAGAAGUACGACAGCGCCGCGUCCAUGAAACUCAACUCCCGCGGCAAGUUGGUCCAGGUCAACAACAAGUUCAACACCCCCACCAGCUACGACCUCAUCUACAUCGACCAGAGCCCGGACUACUGCGUGCGCAACGACAGCACCGGCUCGCUGGGGACUAUGGGACGGCUCUGCAACAAGACCUCCGAGGGCAUGGACGGCUGUGAGCUGAUGUGCUGUGGCCGGGGGUACGACCAGUACAAAGCCCAGGUGGUGGAGAGGUGCCACUGCAAGUUUCACUGGUGCUGCUACGUCAAAUGCAAGAGAUGCACAAAAACCGUGGACCAGUUUGUCUGCAAAUAACAGAUCUAAGAGAGAAAAAAAAGAAAAAAAACUAUAUAAAUUAUAUUUAUAGAGUUAAACAAUUAUACCAUUGCAGAAGACUGACACUUUUCCAAGUAAUAGGUACAAAAAUCUAAUGUCUGCAGAAACUGAGAAUAUCAUUGGAAAUAUUUAUUUACAUAGAGAUUUUUUUUUCUGACUUGCAAGCGGAUUUUUAACAUAGUAUAAGUGCAUAGACCAAUGACAUAGGUUUUAGGGUGAGUUCCAUAAUAUAUGAAUCAAAAUGUUUAGCAUGAGAAAGAUCUGGAGGUGCAUACUUUGUAAGUUUGGUAUUCUGCAGAAGUUUCUGUGAAUUUGGGGAUCUGUGAUGGGAAAUAUGCAGGAACAAAUUAAUAUUUUUUUGUAUUUAAGUAUUGUUGACAUUUACCAAAACUUCCCCGAUACAGUACAUCUCACCUCCACACAUGCAUACACUGUACAUUAGGUCCCAAUAUACUGCUUUGUUCAUUUUUAGUCUGUGGUCAGGGAUUCUAAGGUGCCAAUAAUAUGCUCUUGCGUGAGUUGGAUUUAGGAACUAGAGCAGUGUUACUAAGCGUCUUGUGUUUUAGUUGUGUUUGAAAAGUCCAUGCUUGGAGAAGUUCUACAUUCAGAGGUGUUGUGGGGCUUUUUGUAACAACAGACUUACCCGUUACAUGUGACCUGUCCUCCAAGGAUUGAUUAAGUUCCCCCGAAAAGUAAAGCCUUAUGCACUUUUAUAAAAAUGGUAACAAACUUUUUUUAAUGACAGAUCAUCAGCAGUAAUAUAACCUAUUUUAUUCUACUCUUUUCCAUAUACACACAGGUAUCCACUACUCGUAUAAGAUCAUACUUAAAAAGGUUUGAAUAUAUAUGGGCAAUGUCUUGGUUUUGUUGGUGAAAUAUCCCAUGUUCUGUAUAUACUACGUCUAUGCAACUGAUGAUUAAAUUGUAUGUAUUUAUUUUCAACCUCUCUGUUAAACCGUUUAAAGACAAAACAUUGCUUUAUUUCCUCCCUGUUUACCUGUUUAAAAUAAUACAAUAUUUUGAGAAAUGUUAUUUGCAGGUGCCACUGUGCAUGCAUUUGAACACUGGUGUUUCAUGUUAUUGUUUGAACUGGGCAACAUGAUAAGCUCUGGAUAUAUAUGUUAUUUGAAAUUUGGUUUCCACUCUGGGUUUUUGUUUGUUUAUGGUAUAUAAAGGGAAUCCGUCUUCGUCACACAUUGUCAGUUAUUGUACACCUUCAGCACCUGCAAAAACAUGCCUUUAUCCGUGACGGUAAAAUGUCUCUUCUGACAUCUGCAUGACACUUUCUGUUACAAUUCAUAUUUCAACUUCUAAGUUCAUGUUACUGUACUGCUCUGCAUUAUCAACCCUUCUGUAUAUUUAUUAGCUUCUUGAUUAACUGAAGCUUGCUAAAAAUAUUUCUUAUAGCUUUUGUUCUUUUUUUAAUUGGACCAUUGUGCUAAUGUGCUUCAAUAAAUUUUAAGGAAAACAUCUGCUUAUCAUUGUGUAAAUUUUCAUAUGAGCUACCUUGAAAUAAGUCAAUUUAUUUAACAUCAUCUGUACUUUGUGUUUGACUUCCUUCCCCGUGUAUGCUCUUAAAAUCACAAUGUGUACAUUUCAGCAAUUUACCAAUGCUUACAGAGAUCAGGCCUGUCUUGUUUGAACUGAAUUGUUUUAAGGUAAGACCUUUUUCAUUUGUGUUGUUUAUUUGUACACCCUAAACCUGUCUGCUUAUCACAGAUUCUGAGACAUUGAUUUUACAGUUUCAUAUUAACAAAUCAAGCCUCUUAAGUAAAUAAAGGUAUUUGGACUCUAAAA